UGCGUGCGGCUCCUCCGGGCCCCUCCCGGCCGUUAGGAUGUGGCGGACGCGGGUGGCGGCGGCUUGCGUCAUCUGCCGGAGUCUAGCAAAUAGCAACUAUGGAAUAAAAAGAAAAUCACCACUUCAAAACUUGCAUCUUGUUUCCCGAAGUAUACAUCAUCCCUACUAUCCAAGUUCAAAAUUUCAAAGACCUCCAUUAAGGAUAUCCAUUCAGCUGUUCUCUUCUCUUAAUCGUCUUCCCCUACGCAAAACGAAACUUUUAAAUGUAAAAUACGGAUACCAGUUCCACAGGAACUUUUGGCUAGCUAGACUAGCAUCAAGGCUUCUCAAACUUCGCUAUCUUAUAUUAGGAUCUGCUGUAGGUGGUGGUUAUACAGCUAAGAAGACAUAUGAUCAGUGGAAGGACAUGAUGCCAGAUCUCGAAGAAUAUAAGUGGAUUGUUCCUGACUUCAUUUGGGAGCUUGAUGAACAUAUUGACUUCGAGAAACUUAUCAAAGCCCUUCCUGAUGCAGAUGACCUUGCCAAACUUCUGCCUGACUUUGACAAGAUUGGAGAGAGCUUCACUUCACUGAAAGGAUUUUUUUCUCCUGGUUACAAUUUGGUUAGUGAAGUCAUAGGAGCUUCUGAUCUACUUCUGUUGUUAGGUUCUCCAGGAGAAACAGCAUUCAGAGCUACUGACCAGGGAUAUGACAAUGACAAACAGUACAAGAAGGGUCUGCUUGGUGAACUCAUUCUGUUACAACAACAAAUCCAGCAGCAUGAAGAGGAAGCACGCAGAGCCGCUGGCCAAUAUAACAUGGGCUCUUCCCAGCAGAAGCGAAAGGUUUCUGACAAAGAGAAGAUUGAUCAACUUCAAGAAGAACUGUUACGCACUCAGCUCAAAUACCAAAGAAUGCUUGAGCGAUUAGAGAAGGAGAACAAAGAGUUAAGAAAAUUGGUACUGCAAAGAGAUGACAAGGGAAUUCAUCAGAGGAAGUUAAAGAAAUCCUUGAUUGAUAUGUAUUCUGAAGUACUCGACAUCCUGUCUGAUUAUGAUGCCAGUUAUAACACUCAAGAUCACCUGCCUCGAGUGGUGGUGGUUGGAGAUCAAAGUGCAGGAAAAACCAGUGUGUUAGAAAUGAUCGCCCAAGCCCGCAUAUUCCCUCGAGGGUCUGGGGAGAUGAUGACACGUUCCCCUGUUAAGGUAACUCUUAGUGAAGGUCCGCACCAUGUGGCUUUAUUCAAAGACAGCUCUCGGGAGUUUGAUCUGACGAAGGAAGAGGAUCUUGCAGCUUUGAGAAAUGAAAUAGAAAUCAGAAUGAGAAAUAGUGUGAAGGAAGGGUGCACUGUUAGCACUGAGACCAUCUCCUUAAGUGUGAAAGGUCCUGGUUUGCAGAGAAUGGUAUUGGUUGAUUUACCCGGAGUCAUUAGUACUGUGACAUCAGGUAUGGCUCCAGAUACGAAGGAAACUAUCUUUAGCAUCAGCAAGGCCUACAUGCAGAAUCCUAAUGCCAUCAUCCUUUGUAUUCAAGAUGGAUCAGUGGAUGCAGAACGCAGUAUUGUCACCGACUUAGUCAGCCAAAUGGAUCCCCAAGGAAAAAGGACAAUUUUUGUGUUGACUAAAGUUGAUCUUGCUGAGAAAAACGUGGCUAGCCCAAGCAGGAUCCAGCAAAUAAUUGAAGGCAAACUCUUCCCAAUGAAAGCUUUGGGUUAUUUUGCAGUUGUUACUGGAAAAGGAAACAGCAGUGAAAGCAUUGAAUCUAUUAAAGAAUAUGAAGAGGAAUUUUUUCAAAAUUCAAAGCUGUUAAAGACAUGUAUGCUGAAGGCGCACCAGGUAACAACAAAGAACUUAAGUCUUGCUGUGUCAGAUUGCUUUUGGAAAAUGGUGAGAGAGUCUGUGGAGCAGCAAGCAGAUGCUUUUAAAGCCACACGUUUCAAUCUUGAGACUGAAUGGAAGAACAAUUACCCCCGGUUGCGAGAGCUUGACAGGAAUGAACUGUUUGAAAAAGCAAAGAAUGAGAUUCUUGAUGAAGUCAUAAGUUUGACUCAGGUCACACCAAAGCACUGGGAGGAGAUUCUUCAGAAAACUUUGUGGGAAAGGGUAUCUACUCAUGUGAUUGAGAAUAUAUACCUUCCGGCAGCACAGACUACGAACUCAGGGACAUUUAACACCACUGUGGACAUCAAACUGAAGCAGUGGACUGACAAGCAACUGCCUAAUAAAGCAGUAGAGGUGGCAUGGGAGACUUUGCAAGAAGAAUUUUCCCGUUUCAUGACAGAACAAAAAGGAACAGAGCAUGAUGAUAUCUUUGAUAAACUGAAACAAGCUGUCAAAGAAGAAAGUAUUAAACGACAUAAAUGGAAUGAGAGAGCAGAGGAUAGCCUGCGAGUGAUCCAGCACAAUGCCUUAGAAGAUCGGUCAAUAUCUGAUAAACAGCAGUGGGAUGCAGCUAUUCAUUUUAUGGAAGAGACACUCCAAAGUCGUCUCAAAGACACUGAAUCUGUUAUUGAAGAUAUGGUGGGUCCAGACUGGAAAAAAAGAUGGUUAUACUGGAUAGGCCGCACCAAAGAACAGAAUAUUCGUAACGAAACAAAAAAUGAACUUGAGAAAUUAAUCAAAUGCAAUGAAGAACAUGCAGCUUAUCUGGCAAAUGAUGAAGUGACGACUGUCAGAAAGAAUCUUGAAGCAAGAGGAAUAACAGUGGACCCAUGUCUGAUUAAAGACACAUGGCACCAAAUUUAUAGAAGAUAUUUCCUGAAGACUGCUUUGAACCACUGCAAUCUGUGUCGAAGAGGCUUCUAUUAUUAUCAGAGGCAUUUUGUGGACUCAGAGCUCGAAUGUAACGAUAUUGUCCUCUUCUGGCGAAUACAGCGAAUGCUGGCAAUUACAGCAAACACGCUGAGGCAGCAGCUUACUAAUACUGAAGUAAGGCGCUUGGAGAAGAAUGUAAAGGAAGUGCUUGAAGAUUUUGCUGAGGACAAUGAAAAAAAGGUGAAGCUUCUAACUGGCAAGAGGGUCCAGCUCGCAGAGGAUCUCAAAAAAGUUCGGGAAAUCCAGGAAAAACUUGAAGCCUUCAUAGAAGCCCUCCAUCAAGAAAAGUAGAUUGUUCAAGCAGCAACUUUACACAAGAAUGCAGCCUUUUCCAGGAUACCUUGCACAAAGAAGACUGAAUAGAAAUGGCUUUUGUGUCCCAUUCUCUUUCCUGUCUUUUGGGGAGCAUCCUGAAAUGUUGGAGGAGAAAGAAAAUAAUGUCUCAUGGGAUUGAGAAGUUCAGUUAAAAUCUACCUGCUCUUUUAAUUUUUGAAGCUACAUGCACAUGACAGAAGAAUCUGACUUGCGUGUCAAUGAGAUAGCUUGGGAGCUUGCUGAAGUUGUACAUUUAAGGUUGUUUUUUUUUCCUGAAAGGAAAAAAGCUUUUAUUUUUGUCAUCUGUCUUGUAUGGUAGAGCUGGAUCAGAUUCAUAAAAUGAUUUUAUCUGUUGUCAUUUUCUUGCCUGCAAAUGAUCCUGAGAGUUUGACAUAAAGUUUUGUAUUUGUAUGUACAUUAAAACGCCCUUCUAAGUAAUGCCAUUUAUAUUUGUUAUGCUCUGUGUUGAAGCAUUCUCUGGUCACUCUGGUACAGAUUUAAAAGCAUGGUAUUGAGAUCUUGAGAGGAAGUUGUGGAUUUUGUUAAACUCCUAAACUCUUGAGAGACAUCAUCCAAGCAAUUCUUGUAGUGCUUUCAAGUGAAAGUACAGACUGCUAUUCACUGACACCUUAAAAGGUUUGGCUCAGGAAAUAAUGUCAACAGCUGCUCCUUUUACCCAUUCUUUCCUAAUAUAUGUUGUUACUCUCGAAUCAUAGCUGAUUACAUUUCAUUUCUGGGAUUGCACAGACUCUGAUUUCCUUGUUAACUCCUCCCUUCACCAUAGGUACAAAGUAACCUGAUUGAGUACAUGUGAAAUGUAGAAAGAUACUCUGUACAAUUCCAACUUGUCCAACCUCCUUAACUAAAAAAGGAAAAAUAUAAUUAAUUUCAUUUUUCUAAUAGCUACUGUAAGACCAAAAUUGCUUUUAUAAGAAUGUUAUGCACAAGGUCCUUCCACACCCACUUGAUUUCUAUUACUCAGUAUAGUAAAUAUAGUAAGUAGUCUUUCUUUUACUGCCUUUCGGUUUUGCCAUAGAAAUGUCACUUCUGACAAAUUUAAGCAUGAUAUAGGCUCUGUAUCAUAGGUGCCUGGUGAUUAAUUACCACCAUAUUUUUCUGCCCACACUUUGCCACAAAUGAUCUGGAUACACUUCUGAAUACUUCUGUGGAAGAAGAUAUUAGGCCUCAAACAGUUUGUUUUGCAGUUGUCUGAUUAUGUACAUUGAAAAAUUGACCUAGGUUUAUUUUUUCCUUUUGAAAAGGCUGUUGAUUUUGAUGUGUGGCAAUUAAAAGAGGGGAAUCUGAACAUUUUCCAACAGAUACUGUUUCUGUUUGCUCUCAGAGGAAACAAUACAGAAUUUGGUAAGAUGUUCCCCAGAUGUUCAGACAUAAAAUAUUUAGUCAAGUGGACAAAAAGUUAACAUAGAGCUAUUCAUAAAAUGGUGUUGAAAGGUUAAAUAUUUCAAGGUGAUCUGACUGAAUGUUUUGGGAUUUUCUGUUUAAAAUUACUUCCUGAAAAUGAGUGUUUGAGAAUGAAAAAAUGGCUUGUGUCAUCAUCAUUCUCUGAAGAUAAUUUCAGAAAUGUAAAUUUGCACAAUUCUGAAGGCAGAGUCCUUAGGUUGUAUAGCAAGUGAAAUAAGUCUGUACUUGUGUUAAAUCCCUCUUUGUAAAAAAACAAACAAAAAAACCCCCAAAACAACAAAAAAAGUACUUUUGCAUUUACCUAGAGAUCACUGUUUGAAACUUCUGUGUAAUGUAAAUGUUGCAAAAUGUCGCAUCCAGUGGCCCAGCGUUCAUCUCUUUUAGUGUGAUGUUCCUAUAGUUUUAGUUCCAACUUCUCUGUGCUGCUCAUCUAAGACUUAGCAUGAUGUAUUCCAUGAAAACUAGGUAUUUAUUGAAUAAAAAUGUAACUGAAGGAAUAAUAAAAUGUGGGUUUUGAACACAGUGCUGUUGCACCUAAUUCAGAAGUCACUUUGGCCUUCUUUUUCUCAUUUGUUAAACUGUGAAAAAGUACACUGUUAAUGAUAUUAAAAUGUCUGAUUUGGAAGUGCUGUGUCAGCACCAAGUUAGUGGUAACUGUACUAAGUGUUAUCUUUUACUAUAUAAAUUAAUGAUUAUCAUUUAUGUAAUACAUUUAGACAAAGAUGUUUUAUGAAAAAUCAUUAUAUUGAAAGCUUAUCUCUCUGGAAGUUUAGAUAAUGAACUGAUAUUCAAAGUAUAAAUGAAGACUGGUUAUGGAGUGUUAGU